CUGGAUGUUUGAGGAGCUGUCGAGCGGAGAGGCAAAGAGCGACGACGUUGGAUCCAUCCCCGCUGGAGGACGUUCAGAUAUUAUUACAAACGCUGACGGGAUGCGUUCCUAAUCCAACAAAUAUUAUUGUGAGAUCCAAUUUGGCCAAAUAAGCGUCUACUUCCGGCGACAUUUUGCGCUCCCGAUUUCUUUUUUUUUCUUCAAACAUGAUUGCGUUGCUGACGCUGACUCUCCUCGUCAAAAGCGUUUUAUUGUUGCCGGUGACUCCGACUGUGCUGGAGGAUGACGACGUCAAGGUGAUGGAAUGUGUAGUGGAGGCACUGGCAGACGUGCUGUCCAGGCCACGCCCACUUCCUGUCAGCCAGCAAUGUCUGCACACCUUGAGGACAGACAAGCGCCUCCUGAUGCUCCUUCGCCGCUACGAUUUCCUGAAGGAGUUGCAAGAUGUCGCCACCCAAGAUGAAGCCAUGUUAAACGCGCUCGGAGGUCUCGGCGAGCGCUCCAUCCUCUCCCAGGAACCAAGGAGGUCAGAAGAGGAGGAGGACGAGGGAGGUGAACACGGCGGAAUUUGGACGGCAGGCGAGAAGAGGGAAGAGGAUGACGAGCGUGAGGAAGAGGACCAUGAAGAAUCAGAAGAAUCAGAAGAAAAGAGACGAAAUACAUCCAAAGAGGAGGAGGACAAGAGAUUUGCUGAAGGGGAGGGGAUGAAGAAGAGGAGCAAAGGGACUUUGCUUAGAAGGAAAUUCAAAGGUGUGGAGAAGGAUGGGCAGAAGAAAGCCCCCCAUCAUUCCAAGGAGGUCUCAGAGGAAGAGGAGGUGAAGAAGAAGAGGAGGAGGGAGAAGAAGACGAGGAACCGCAGUCCAGAGGAAAAGGAGUUGCAGAUGAUCUCUCGGAGGACGCCGGAGGAGGAGGACGGCAGCGCCGCAAGGAAGUCGGACGACCCAGAAGUAGAAAACCUCGCCGCCAUCAAGUCUGAGCUGGAGAACGUGUCCCAGAAACUCCACAAACUGCGGCAAGGCUGAAGCGCCGACCUCCUUUUGGGGAGCGAGCGUUCUUCUUAGUGACUUUGACUCUCUCCAUCUCUUAAAAAUUCUCUUAUUGUGUUGCUUGCAUUUUAUUUAUAUAUCCCAUUUUGUCAAUGAUUUACAGUAUGAGAUAGCGAAUCACAUUGUCAAAUGUGAACAUUUUCUACCCAUUUUGAUUUAUAAAAUGAGACUUUAAACCAAGAUAAUAAUUUCAAUGGCUGUGUAGUUAUAUUUGCAUAAAAGGAAUAAUUGCAAUAAAAUCAAUAUGUUAACACUGUCUAGCCGAUUGUUUUUUUUUUUUCAUGUUAAAACUUUUUACAAGAAAAAUAUCACGGGAUCAUUAAAUACACACUCUGGAAAAUGUCAAGGGACCAAAAAAUACGCAGUAACCUAAUGCAUGUCAAAAUAUUGAGUUUGUUUGCUUGGAAUGAUCUCUAUUUAGAUGGAGUGAAUUUUUGGACGCUCAAAGAAGAAAAUUAGAACUUUUACAGUCAAGUGAGAGACUUCAUCAACAACCAAAGGUAAGACACAUUUAAAAUUCAACACAAAAUGCGAAAAUAAAACUAUGAACCAAAUGAUCCAGAAACCGAUCGUGGACUUGAAUAUUGUUUUGUCUAUUUUUGAAGUAUUUGUACGUGAAACUAGUUUAAAAUAAUGAGUAUGUUGGCAUAAAUAAUUUUUUGCACAUCAGUUGAUAAUUCAAUUAGAACUCUUAAAAAGAAAAAAAUAUAUAUACAAUUGCUAAUUUGCUCACUAAACAGCCACCAAUAAUGAUCUUAUAUAAUAUUUAAUAUACACAACGUGGUGUUGAUAAUGAUAGCACACACUUUUAUGACCUAAAGUUUUUUUUAUUGUUUGAUAAAAGAAUGAGCUAUUGGCAUCCAACUGCUGUAUUUUGUUAGCUGUA